AUGGAGCGCGAGCAAUUUCUCUCUGAUCUCCAGUUUCAACAGAUAUUAUCUAUUAUUAACAAUAAAGGGGCAAAUCAAUCCUCCAAUCCUAAGGCCAAUGCUGCUGGUACUUCUUCAAAUUUGUCACAAGCACCGUUGCGCCUCCGUCGAUUAAUCCUCGAUAGUGGUGCAACCGAUCAUAUUACUUCUUCUCCAAAUUUGCUUGUCAACAGUCGUCAGAACACUAUUUUACCGCCAGUUAUUAUGCCCAGUGGAGAACAGGCUCCAAUCACAUCUACUGGAACUUUACCUUUGAACUCUGUUAUUUCUUUGAAAAAUGUGCUUGGUGUGCCAUCUUUCAAGGUGGAUUUGAUGUCUGACUUGACGACGAAGACGACGAUUGGUUUGGGUAAACAACGAGACGGACUUUAUUACUUGGUCGCAUUGGCGUCAGCAACACCGAGCCCUAAAUUCAGAUCCUCCGCUGCCAUUGCUAGCCAUCCAUCUUGUUCUCAUGUCACCUCCUCCACUGACUUGUGGCACCGCCGAUUAGGGCAUCUAUCUUCCUCUAGAUUAGAUUUUAUGGCAAAAAAUUUGCUCAAUUUUCCUUUCAAAUCCAAUAAUCCUUGUGAUAGCGCAAACAUCGUCAUAUCCUUGAGUCAGCCCGUGCCCUUCGCUUUCAAGCCCAUCUCCCUUUGCGUUUUUUGGGCAGAAUGUGUUCUCACCGCUGUACAUUUGAUUAAUCGUUUGCCCACACCACUUCUUUCCCAACAAACUCCUUUUGAACGCCUUUAUGGCAAGAUCCCUUCCUAUUCCCAUCUUAAGGUUUUCGGGUGUCUUGCCUAUGCUACUGAUGUGCAUGUCCCUCAUAAGUUCGCUCCUAGAGCCAAACGUUGUGUUUUCCUUGGUUACCCGGUCGGUCAAAAAGCCUACAAGCUCUAUGACCUUACCACUCAUAAAUUUUUCACUAGUCGUGACAUUGUUUUUCAUGAAACUAUUUUUCCCUAUGCGUCCCUUCCAUCCCAUUCCAACACCUCUAGCCCCCGUCCUUCCUCAUUUUGUGUCUGA